GUGUGUGAGUGAGGAAGGAGAGACCGGAACCUGUUUCAGCUUGUGGUAUUGAUUAAACUGCAACACUUUCCUGAGCAGGAGAGAUCAUUUUAAGAUUUACUUUUAAAUUGCCCAACUCACAAUGGGUGUUGAAAUUGAGACAAUAACUCCAGGAGAUGGUGAAACAUUUCCAAAGCCAGGAGAUACGUGUGUUGUUCACUACACAGGAACACUACAGAAUGGAACUAAGUUUGAUAGCUCCAGAGACAAGGGCAGACCUUUUGAGUUCAAGAUUGGCAAACAAGAUGUCAUUAAAGGCUGGGAUAUAGGCAUAGCACAGAUGAGUGUGGGGCAAAGAGCCAAGCUGACCUGUACUUCUGAUGUGGCAUAUGGUAUAAAAGGCUAUCCUAAUAUCAUUCCACCCAAUGCCACCCUGAUCUUUGAUGUGGAGUUAUUACAGUUAAAGUAAUGAAGGCACUACAAGAAAUGAUGCAGAGUUCCUGAGUUUCAACACUAUGGAUUGAUCUCUGUCGGAUCAGAGUUAUCUGAUAUUAAGACCUUUGUGAUAUUAAUGAUAUCUACCAACCAAACUGCUACCUAUGCCCAGUUUAGUUUGCUUUUGGUAUUUUUUACUUUAGACUGCCUGCACUUUGUAGUUAAAUGUUUAUGGGUUGCAGUUUUCAAUGUAUUAAUUAGUUAGUUGUUGGCCCAUUUAAUUACAUGUAAUUUUUUUAAUGGUGUGCUCAAUAGAGUUGAAAAUCUUAAAGUGCAUAAAUUCUUUGGCAUUAAACAAAAGGCUCUUAUGAAAAAUUAGAGCUCCUGUAUCAUCAGUCUAACAUUGAACCAAGAACUGAAGUAUAUUUAGUCAAUUAUUUCAUAAUAAAAGUGUACCUGCACC